AUUGAGGAAGACGCCUACCAGGAAGACCUGGGAUUCAGCCUGGGCCACCUGGGAAAGUCGGGAAGCGGCCGCGUGCGGCAGACGCAGGUGAACGAGGCCACCAAGGCGCGGAUCUCCAAGACGCUCCAGCGCACGCUCCAGAAGCAGAGCGUGGUCUACGGCGGCAAGUCGACCAUCCGGGAUCGCUCGUCGGGAACGGCCUCCAGCGUGGCCUUCACCCCGCUGCAGGGGUUGGAGAUCGUCAACCCGCAGGCGGCGGAGAAGAAGGUGGCCGAGGCCAACCAGAAGUAUUUUUCCAGCAUGGCGGAAUUCCUCAAGGUGAAGAGCGAGAAGAGCGGGAUCCUCAGCACGUCCUGA